AGCGCGCAGGCUAGAGUACCCGAUUGGCCAAAUGGUGAGCAACCAUGACUUUGUUCAAGACAGCGUUUGGAGUUUUCGGAUUGCAGACGCUGAAUUUUAAUCAAUGACCCCCCUGCAGUGCUGAAUGGCUGCUGUGAGUAUCGGUAUUAUCAUGCUGGUCAGUGCACUGCUGUCGGGGGUAGUCUACCAUCAUGUCUCCCAGCAAGAUACGACCCGCACUGGAGAGAGGCCCAACUUCAUCGUGAUCCUGGCAGAUGACAUGGGCUGGGGAGACCUGGGGGCAAACCAGGCUGGAGAGAAGCCCAGUUACACACCUCAUCUGGACCAGCUGGCACUGGAGGGGAAAAGGUUCACUGAUUUCCACUCCCCUGCCUCCACCUGCUCUCCGUCCAGAGCUUCGCUGCUGACCGGUCGGUACAGCCUGCGUAACGGGGUCACUCAUAACUUUGCGGUGCAGUCCGUUAGCGGUCUGCCUCUGAAUGAGUCCACGUUUGCUGAACUUCUGCAGGACGCUGGCUACUUCACAGCCAUGAUUGGAAAAUGGCAUCUUGGGCACAACGGUCCUUAUCAUCCUGUUAAUAGAGGAUUUGACUACUACCUAGGAAUUCCUUACAGCAAUGACAUGGGCUGUACUGACACGCCUGGUUUCGACCUUCCUGCCUGUCCUCCAUGUCAAGGAGGCUCCCAACAGAGCAGCGAGAGAGGCCGUGGAUGUUACACAGACGUGGCGCUGCCUCUCUAUGAGAACCAGAGUAUCAUAGAGCAGCCGCUGGACUUGUGGAGCCUGACUGAAAAGUACACCUCUGCCGCAGUCAGGAUCCUCCACAGUGCAAGGGAGAGGAAGCAGCCAUUCCUGUUGUAUGUGGCACUCGCUCACAUGCACGUGCCACUGGCUCACGGAGGGGUGGCCGAGGGGGAAGGAGUGUACGCAGCCACCCUCCGGGAGAUGGACUGCCUGGUGGGUGCAAUCAAGGCCACAUCGGAUCUCCUUGACAAGGGAAACAGUCUCAUACUGUUCACUGGAGAUAAUGGUCCUUGGGAGCAGAAGUGUCAGUUUGCCGGGAGUGUUGGGCCUUUUCUGGGGAAGUGGCAGACAAGCCGAGGCGGAGGCUCGGCCAAAAGAACAACAUGGGAGGGGGGCCAUCGUGAACCCACGGUGGCCUACUGGCCUGGAAAGAUUCCAGCCAACACUACAAGUGGUGCCCUGCUGAGUGGUCUGGACAUUUUCCCCACCCUCCUUUCACUCGCUGGUGUAGAUCCACCAAAAGACAGGAAAAUUGACGGCAUCGAUAUGACGGACAUUCUGCUGGGAAAGACAGACACAGGUCGAAAGAAUCUCCUUCACCCAAAUAGUGGUGCUGCAGGUAUCUAUGGGGACCUGCAAACAGUUCGUGUGGGCUCUCACAAAGCCUUCUAUCUGACAGGUGCUGCUACAGCUUGUGGUGGAGGCGGUGGUCAGGCACAGCUUCAUGACCCGCCGCUCAUCUUCGACCUGUCCCGUGACCCGGAGGAGCGCUCCCCUUUGGACCCGCGGAGUGAGGAGUACCAGGCGGCCCUGCAGGCCGUGCAGAGGGAGAGGGAGGCGCUGCUGUGGGACAUCGCCAACGAUAACGUCUCCGCCGCCGACUACGCCACGAAGCUGGCAGCCGAACCCUGCUGCAAUCAUGCGUUACCGGCCUGCCGAUGCAAGCCGCUUGCGCUCAGCUGAGAGGCUCAAUGUGCAGGACUGUUCAAACACAAAUUCAAACUGGAUUUGUACUGCACUGGUGUUCGUCUCAAAGAGUGUGUCCCAGCUUAUGGAGGGCGUAAUGUUGAGGGGAAUGUAAAGUGGCAAGGGAACAAGUCUUUUGUUGUUUUUUGUUUGUCAUUUUUGUUACAUUUCAUUCCAUAUUUUCUUUGUUUAUGCUGAAAUCAUAUGGAGCCCCCUUCAGGUGAUUUUUUGCAAUGAGCUCUUUUCAUGUUCCCUCAUAAUACUUUGCUUUGCAUAAUACAUUACUUUGCAAUAUGUUUGCUUUAAGUAAGCUCUUUAUUUGUCAUUGUAACAAGUACAACGAAAUUGACCUCUCAAUACUUUUGUAUUGAGCCCCCCUAAGGGUCAUGGUAGUGAUUGUCUGAGCUGCUUUUGUGUUCUCUCACAGUAUACACACUACAAGUAUUACCUUGCAGUAUUUUCACGAAGUAAUGCAAAAACAUUGGCAAGGGAAUGCAAAACAACUGACGAGGUAGAGCAGUAACAUACAAAAAAAUGUCUUCAUCAUCAGUUUGUGGGGAUACUGUACUUUACCAUUAGCAAAAAACAACAACAACAUAUAUUCUCUAUGCAAGAUUAUGAAAAAGGACUGCAAAAGUAUUGUGAAGAAUUGUAAGUGAUGCCAAAUGCUAAGAAACUCAAAAGCAGCUGAAAAUCGUCACCACCAUGACCCUGAGUAGGCUCCACAGUUUGUAUCCUCUUAAUGUUUUCUACUUGUAUAGAAAAAGUAUAAAUAUUGUCAAUAUUAAAUAAAUGAUAACAUGUUAUAAUGUA